GUCAUCCCGGGAAUGAGCACACAUUUUGAGGAUAGAAACAUGAUUCAGUUUGUGGUCCUUGCUUCUUUGUUGGCUGUUGUUUACGGCUGUGGCCAGCCCACCUUCCCCCCCGUGGUGGCACGAGUGGUGGGAGGAGAGGACGUCAGGCCCCACAGCUGGCCCUGGCAGAUCUCUCUUCAGUAUGACAGAAAUGGUGAGUGGAGACACACUUGUGGUGGAACUCUCAUCUCCAGCGAGUGGGUCCUCACUGCUGCUCACUGCAUUAGUAGCAAGACAUACAGAGUGUACCUGGGAAAGCACAGCCUGGCUCAGAAUGAGGAGGUUUCUCUGGCUGUUGGCGUUGCCAAGAUCAUUGUCCACGAAAAAUGGAGCUCUUUCUUUAUCCGUAAUGACAUUGCUCUGAUCAAGCUGGAGACUCCUGUCACCUUCACUGACUCCAUCAUGGCUGCCUGUCUUCCUGGGGCUGGUUUUAUCCUGCCUCACAAUGAGUCCUGCUAUGUCACAGGCUGGGGGCGCACUGUCACCGGAGGUGCCCUCCCUGACAUUCUGCAGCAAGCCCUCCUGCCCGUUGUUGACCAUGCUACCUGCUCCCAGAAAGACUGGUGGGGUUCCCAGGUGAAGGACACCAUGGUGUGUGCUGGAGGAGAUGGUAUUGUGUCUGGAUGCAAUGGUGACUCUGGUGGCCCACUGAACUGCCAGAACGCCGAUGGUGCAUGGGAGGUCCAUGGAAUUGUGAGCUUCGGCUCUGGUUUGAGCUGCAACUUCCCCAAGAAGCCUACUGUUUUCACCCAAGUCAGCUCUUACAUAGACUGGAUAAACACUGCCAUGAUGAACAACUAAUGCAACCAGGCUACUUUUUGGGAGUCCACUGGCAUCAUGCGGAGGUUUUGCAUGUAAAUAAAGCAUAAAUAAAGGUUGCAUGGUUGCUUGAU